GACGUUUUUGUGAAAACGAAAACGUCGGGGCCGAAAGAACGGAAAAAGUCUCUUUUGAGGGUUUUUGGAGAACAUUCUCGAGAACCGGGCUUCGUGUUUCGUUUUGUGGUGUGAUUUAUCCCGUGGUUUUCCCGGCGCUGAUGCAAUUUCCUCGAUCGGUGGAAAGCAGGAGCGCUCAGGUUGCCGAGAUCUUGGCCGUCGUCAUCGCGGUCGUCGUCUGUGGUUAAUAUCGGGGGCAAGUGUCGCAGUAGCAAAGGAGGAGGUGGAGGAGGCCAGACCCGGGAGUGGCUUGGAAUGUGUGUCCACCGAGUGUCGCGCCCGUGAAACCUUUUUAAUCCAUCUUACCGUGAACACAGUAAGGGGAAGGAGCCAAGAAAACCGUCAUCAGCAAGCGCAAAAUCCCCAUCGUCGUCACCACACCUUCUCGUCUCGUCACCUUCUCGCUGGUUGGUGGUGAUCCGCCUGCGCCCUUUGGGAAGUGUGUUCUUCCCGAGAAGGAAAAGGACGUCUCGUGAUUUGUUGGACAGUUACUUAAUUUGUACGAUAAAACUGGAGCAUUAGAAGGAAGCAACACAGAUCACAUAAACGGCCACAUCAUGAUAAAUUUAAAAGUCAAAACCCUCGAUUCACAGAAUCAUGAUUUCAGUGUGGACGAUGAAAUUACCGUCCGCCAGUUUAAGGAAGAGAUUGCGGUCAAGAUCAACAUUGCGGUCGAUAUGCAGCGGCUGAUCUACUGUGGCCGCGUUCUAGCCGACGAUAAACCGCUGAAGGAUUACGAUCUCGAUGGAAAGGUAGUGCAUUUAGUGCAGAGGCCUCCACCGUCUGCUCGUGGUAGCAGCCUGAGUGGAUCGGCCGGAUCGGCGGGUCGGGCGAACGAUGAGUCGGCAGCACGUGCCUCGCGCCGUUCCCGUAGCAGUGACAACGCACGGCGCAACAUUUUCCGCGGGCUGGACGAUCUCAACACGAUGUACUUCGGUUCGAUGACGUCGAUCCCGCUGAACGUUAGCACCGGUAAUGCUACACAGAUCCCGUCAGUCAGCUCGUCGUCGACGCUGUGCAACAACCGCAUCACAGUAGCCCGGCACAUGCUCGAGUGUGUUGACAGCAUACUGAGUUAUCUGGAGAAUCCGGCCCGUGGUCUCAAUUACAGUGCAAUGGACUACCUAUCGCAACAGACGAUGGAAUCGACCGUGUUCGAGUUUGGCAUUUCGGCCGUCGGUGAUGUCGACAUACCGCACAAUCAGGUGCAGAGCUUCGUCAACGCAGUACAGGGUGCGGUCAGUGCGGCUUUCCGUCAAAACGGGAUGUCUAACCUGACAGUGCAGCAACCGGACGGGCUAAAUGGUGGUGGCUCGGUGCAGGUGUUUGGUACCGUUCCGGACUUUGCUGUUCUGACGCCACCCAACACGAGCGCUACGGCGACGCCAGCUCAUGAGGGCUCCGGUGGUAGCAGUGCCACCGCUAGCAGCAACAAUAGCAGUAGCAGCAGCAGCAGUAGCAGCAGUAGUAGUAGCAGUAGCAGCAGCAGUGCCAGCGGUAGUAGUAGCACCUCGUCAUCGAGCAGCGCAUCGGAAUCGACCGCCGAUAGUCGGCGUCAGGCACGACCCGGACCAUCAGCGACAGCCAGUGCACCGACCGGGCAGCAGACGACAACCAGCACCCGAACGCUCGGUGAGGUCGUCCACCAGAUGCGUACGGUGCAGCGACGCAUGGAACCGUUCCUCCAGCAGUACUACGACAUUCUUAUGGAGGAUCCAACGUUCGCCGAGUCUGACACAACUGGCCGGGAAAACGCACAGCGCGUGUUCGAUCGGGUUUCCGAAGCGAUGCACUACAUGUCCCACGCCCAGCACGCCAUCAGCGAUUUAAUGUUGGAUCUGCAGAUGAACACCCCGCGCCAUCUCUGCUGCCGACCGAUCCUGAUCGAGCAGAACGCAUACGUCAGCUCGGGAAUGACGGCUGUACCGCACAACAUCAAUCUAGCGAACCUGCUGCGCAACCAUAACAACAAUAAUAACAACAGCGUGAAUAAUAAUAACAAUAAUCCGGAAGUAGGAAACAACAACAUCAACGCUCAGGUCAUCAAUGUAGGCAUUGCCCCGUCAUGGAUAACGGUGCCAGGAGGCGCAGCCGCCAGUGUUACCAUGAGACCUCCAGCGACUGGUGGAACGGCAGCCGGAGCAACGGCACCAUCGGCACCACCACCUCCGCCGAGGGCUACAGCUACCACGGGGUCAACGGAAGAGGGCACGGGGGCAGCAGCAACGACGACGACCGCUUCCUCUGGCACCCAGCAGCGGCUUCCCUCAGGUCAGUCCACAAGCGAAGCAGCUGGUGGAGCUGAGGAUAAUGAUGGUGAUGAAGAUGAAGAAGAUGGCGAGGAGGAAGAGGAUGGUGAGGACGAUGAUCAUACGAUCACCUCGCUUCAUAUCCCUCUGUACGACCUCAACACUAUACAGCGGAUGCGCAACCUUCUCAGCAACAUGCAAUCCCAGGGCCCUACGCCAGGAAGAAGACCGGGCCAAUAUGGACUUGUUGGGGCCACUCUGCUGACACCACGAGGCCCACGGGCUGCAUCCGCUGAUGGUCGACUGCAACCACAACCAACUGCCGGAACCGGGGCCGCAACGGCUCACUCACACCAGCAUCCCGCCCCGAACGUUCUGCGACGAUUAGUUACAACGGGAAAUAAUGCCGGUGCGGCAACGGCAGGUGCUGGUGGUCCAGCUCAACAACCUCUACCACCGAACCACCAGAACAGUACGGAAAUGCAGAUGGCACGGCUCAUACAGGCCAUGGUGAAUGCUGCACCCAUACACACAGACAUCCAUGUACAGAUCAAUACCGGCGGUGUUGAUCAUGGUGAUGGUGGUAACACGCCGCCUACCGAAUCAGCUGCCACCAGCCAGAACGGAGCACGUCCGCCAUCCUCCUCUUCUGGGGACGCACCGGCCGGAAAUCCUACCAAUACCACCACCACCAACACCAACAGCAACACGAAUGGUGGAGGAGAAGGUGUUCCGACAGCCGGUGUUCACUUCUUUCCACCACGGUUUGCCACCGUCACGCUGCCGACGACCUCAACACAGACGCGCUCUACAUCACGACCGCACGUGCACAGUAUCGCGCCACCGGCGGCAUCACACAUUCGCAACCUCCGGCCGAUGCAGACGAACAUUUUGUCCACGUUUGAUCGCUUCCUACCGUGCAACAGCCAUCACAUACGCGAAACUAGUUUCUCCAAUCAACAGCAACAAGAUCGUGCUAGCAACACGGAUAGCAGCAACCGCGAAAGAACCGGUGGUGAUGGCACUGCUAGUCAGCCAACAGGAGCAGCAGCAGCAGCAGCAGCAACCGAAGCCAACAUUCGUGCAGCGCUCGCUCUAGUGCCGCUUCCGUUUACACUGUUUGGUAGCCAGAUGACCAUGGCUGAUUUCACCAAUUUGGUACCGAACCCGAACACACUGAACCGUAUCCGUGGAUCGCUGCAGACGUACAUCAAUCAGGCUCUUUCGCAAAACGGGGCCCCCAUUAAUGAUGAAGCCAUACGAGAGCUGGCCACUAGAACCAUCAACCAGUUGGCGGACGUUCUACAGCCGCUCGCUUCCUACGAUCGGCCCGAGUACGAUACGCACGCCUCCCUGGCCAACCUCAUUCGCCACACGCUCCCUACCUGCGUCAACCUGAUCCGGGAGGACAGCUCGAACCAGUUUGGGUUGCGCUUGAUGCGCACGCUAGUCCAAUUCGUGCGCCGCUUCUGCAUGAUUCUCGUGCAGGGCAUUGGGCGCGAGAAUGGUCGCCGUAUUCUGGGCGACCUGUUGCGGGCCACACUACAGCUCAAUCCGGCCACACAGCAGCAACAGUCAGCAGCUACAGCGGCCGGCCGUGAGCCGAACACUGUGAUACAGGAGGUGCAGCGCGCCCUGCAACCAGUGCUUGAUCGCUAUCUGGAAGUAGCCAGUCGGCAGGAUAUGUUCGAUGUGCAACCCUUCAUGGUCAUUCGACAGCCGGCGGCAGCGGCAGCCGCGGCCAGCGUGGCAAGCGCAGUAGCAGCAGCCGAAGCCAGCUCAACAGCGGCGGCAUCAACGGCGGCAGCAGCAGCAGCAGCGGCCGCAGCAGCAGCAGCCGCUGCCGCCGCUGCUUCAGCCGCAGCGGUCGCUGCGGUAGCUGCUAACGCACGCGUACUGUCUGGCGAUGGAACCGAUAGCCGAUCUUCCAGUAUGUCCUCCACCGGAACAGCGACAACUGGUCAGCGGGAAUCGAGCCCGAUGGAAGUGGACGAUGUUGAAAGUACCUCUACGCCGGAGCUGGUGUCCGAUAUUGCGGAAAUAUCGAUAUCGUUCGGGCCACCGGCCAUGAGCGUUGAUCCCUGUGCGACAAUCGUAAUCACGGACAAUGCGUUGGCCGCCGGUGAUGUGGUAGUGCCCGUAGCUGGAACAGACAUAGAAUCCGAUACCACCACCUCCUCUUCUUCCUCGUAUGCAUCAGUCAAUGUUGAUCAGCAACAGCAACAGCAGCAGCAACAGUCACAACAACAGCCAUCAUCGGUCGAUAGCACGGGAGGAAUGGCAGCAGCGGCGGCAGCAGUCGCACUGCGUGCAGCUUCGUUGGCCGAUCCACCGAUUCCACCACCCCGCCCGGUUGAUGAAGAUGAAGAAGAGCUACCGACGGUGAUGAUUGGUGCGGAAUCGUGGCACCGGCAUGUUCCCCCCAACUGGAUACCGGUGAUUACACGCGAUCUUGGACGACAACGACGACAGAACCCACAGACACCGUUUUCCGACGCGUAUAUCUCGGGUAUGUCGUCCAAACGUCGGAAGCUGAUAGCAGAAUCGAAGCCACCAAACGACGUGCCAUCGCUCAUCUCCGAUGGAGUGCGACGAUCGUUCCUAGGAAGCGGCGUAAACCCGUCGAACCUCAUGGCAAUUCCAUCGGCGAGCAGCAGCAGCAGCAGCAGCAGCGCUACCAUCACCGGUGGUUCGGCUACGUCAGGAGCCACUACUAGCAGCACCGGUACGACGACGAACCGGAUCCGAUCGCUCGAUGAGCUGGCGAACAACAUCGCUAGUGACAGUGCGCUGCAGAUGUCGUAUUGUGAGGCGAUGAAGGCAAGCAUACGGGACCGCUUGGCGAACGAUCCGGAUUACGAUGCUACCCGGUUUCCGAAUUGCUCCAAAUAUUUUGAAAAACAGUAAUCGAACUAUGUUGUGCAGAUUCUUCAAACAUGAGCUAGGGUAAUGAUAGACGGAAAUCCCUACGAUGGAGAGCCCGGAGGGAUACAUUUGAAAUGAAGUAAUGGUGAAGUUUAAUGUAAUGAAAUUUAUAGCAUGUUACUGCACACGAACGGCCGCAGGUUGAACUUGUGCGAACACUUUAAAUCAGAAGCAGCUGCAUCAGCAGCAGUAGCAGCAGCAGUAGGAGUAUGCGCUUUGGGUGCACUUGCGAUCGUCGUGUGGGUAUGGAAUGUUAGAUAUUUAAAUUCUCUCGUUUUCCAUUUUCCUUUCCUAAUCAUUACUAUUCAAACUUGCGUUGGGACAACUGAAACACACACACACACACACACACACACACACACACACACACACACACACACACACAGACACACACAUUAUGAAUUGAUGCUACUGGGGGAUUAUGUGAACGCACGACACACUUACCUCGCUUUUUUUCAGCAGCAAGCAUUAGCGAGAGGCGGAAAGGGACGAUCAAUUCUUUUAAAACUUCGCUCUCGAGAAUUGUCACAACACCGUUGUUUUCUCUUCCCUGUUUUAGCUUUUGUUCCAUAUUUAUGCCUUUCCUCUCCCUUUUUUUUGUUCCCAUUCUUUUGGAGCGCGUUUGCGCUUUUGCUGGAUUUCAGCGCACAGCAAUUCUGUGUUUGAAAAGGCGAAAGGAGGUUCCAGAGGCAGCGCCAGCAGAGCUGCACCGCUCUGGUGGGGGGGGGAGGGGGGAGCUCCCCGUUGCUCGGGAGGUCGGGAAAGGACGAAGUUUGAUUAUGAAGUUACAACCCCCUCCCACUAAACACUCUUAUAAUCUACUCAUCGAAAACCCUAAUAGAAUGUUAAAAUAAAUCCAGCUCUAGUGUAUCGGGACUAC